CCCUGGAGCUCGCCGCCGAGGGUUCCGGCCUGCCUCCACCCUCUCUUCCGAAGCCGCCGUCUUCCCUCCGGUCAUACCUCCCGAAUCCGGUUCCAUUGCUCGGAGAGUCCCUCUGAGAUUUUAAUUUCAGCGCCCUUCCGUCCCAAGUGGUGUAGCGAUGGAGGAUCUCCCGGAGCCACUGCUUGCAGAUAUCGUCAAGAGGAUUACCAGGGCAAGCGAUCUUAAUUCUCUUUCCCUUGUGUCGAGGCAGCUCUACACCUUUGAAGGGGAGCAUAGGGAUGCUAUCCGCCUUGGCUGUGGACUUAACCCUGCAACAGAAGCCUUGACAUCACUGCUCUCCCGAUUCUCCAAUCUGUCCAAAGUAGAGAUCAAUUACUCGGGUUGGACUCCCAGCCACGGGGAGCAGUUCAACGAACAUUGCCUCUGUGUGUUAUCAUCUCAAUGUCCCUUGCUGUCUGAUCUCACCUUAAGCUUUUGCUCAAACAUCCAGGAUGCUAGUAUGGCUUAUCUGGCUCGUUGCACAAAGUUGAGAUGCCUCAAGCUUAUCAGCGCACCCGCAAUAAGUUGGUGUGGCCUUUCUUUGGUGGCAGUUGUUUGCAAACAUCUUUCUGUUCUCCACCUUGUUGACUGUAUGGCAGUAUCUGUUGAUGGGUGGCUAGCGUACCUUGGUAGACAGGGAUCAUUGGAAGAAUUAGUGGUGAAGGAUUGCAAAGGAAUCAGCCAAUAUGACCUCCUAAAGUUUGGUCCAGGAUGGCAAAAGCUCCAGAAGUUUGAGUUCGAAAUUAAUGGAAAUUACUGGAUGAGUAUGUCCCAGGACCCCUCCUACGUGCCUGGCUACCCAUAUAGCUAUGAGAUCUGCUGUGAGAAUUUGAAGGAUCUUAGGCUAGCUCAUAUAAUAACUGAGCCAGAAAUUGGACUUCGUUUUCUCCUUGGGAAGUGCAAAGCACUGGAGACACUUCGCCUGGAAUAUGUUAUCGGUCUAGAUGAGAGUGAGAUGAUUGCACUAUUCCAGAGAUGCAGCAACCUUAAAAGCAUCUCACUUUGGCUCAUGCCUUUGCACUGUCAUUCUGUGAACCAUGGUUUCCAGUUUAGGACACCACUGACCAAUGGCAGCCUCGAGGCUCUAGCUCUCAGCUGCCCUAUGCUUGAGGUUGUUGAGCUCACUUUCACAUUUUGCGACCCCGAUUGGCCAACAGAAAUAGGCUUCACACAAAAGGGUAUUUUGACCCUGAUGCAAUCUUGUCCAAUCCGCUCUCUUGUGCUAAACGGUGCAAGCAUUUUUUAUAACUCGGGGAUGAAGGGGCUCUCAUCCUGCCAGUUUCUGCAGACACUCGAGAUUGUGGAUUGCAUGUCUUUAACGGAUGCUGGGUUGGAUUUCGUUAUCCAGGCUCCUCGCUUGAGUAAUCUCACACUCCGCAAAUGUAAUAAUGUGACAGAUAAUGGAAUAGUUGCGCUGGCACGUUCAGGUAAGCUGGAGUCACUGACCGUCAGAGGGUGCCGUCAGAUAUCUCAGGAAGGCGUACAUGGUGCUGCCAAAUCAGUUCGCUACUCUGCAGAUACUGAAAGCCAUGACAGUCUGAAGGGAAUGAAGGUUCAGUGUCUUGGAGAUUAGAAUUUUUGCACCUCUGGAAUUCUUUUGAAUUGAAGGAGUACUGAAUCAGCUGUUAUCUGUAUCUAGGCUUGUUGCCUAGCUUCUUCACCCCAACAAUGUUGUGUUGUGGAUUCUGGUUCACUGUUCUCCAGGCUACAGUUAGAUCGUGGCGAUGAUUGGGGCCAAAUGAAAUGAACUUUGAUACCUGUUCUAUUAAACCCUUUUCUAGGGAAUGAAGUGCUAUGCUCUUUGAGACUUUUGACUCUGCCUUUUGUGUGGUUUGUCCUGUUGUGGAUAUAAAAAAGAAAACUUGAUGUUUCACUCUACUCUGGAAUUAGUGAUUUUUUUUUGGUAUGUGUAGAAGGUAUUCUGAAAUGUGACAUUAAGCUUCCUUUUGUCA